AUCCGGGCUCGCGUUCCACCCGGCGGCCCGCUGGCGAGUGCCAGGCAGUCCGGGGGCGGGGGCGACCCCGCGCCGCGCCGAGACCCGGCCGGCGCGCGCCCGCGGCCAUCGGAGACAAACAGCGUGCGCGUUCCCCCGGGGGCUGCCCUCCCCGCGCGUCGACCCGGGAUCGCGCUGCCGCCGCCGCGCGCGCGCAGCUCAAGUAAAGGAGGAAAAAAAAGGAGGAAAAAAUAGAAAGCGGCGACCGCUACCGCAGCGAUCCGCCGCGGGACUGGGCCAGGCCGGGCGGCUGACGCUCGAGCCGGCGAUCCAGGGGAGGCGGCGGCCGUCCAGGUCGGGCCGGAUUAAAAAAAAAAAGUCGCGGCGGCGGCGGCGGCUCCGGGAAGGAGGCCCGAGGGCCGCGUGCAGCGGGCGGGGGGCGGCCGCUGCGUCCCGGAGCCCAGAGCCGGCGCGAGCCGGCAGGAGGGCGGGCGGAGGUGGCGGCGGCGGCGGCUGCAGGAAAAGCGCGGCGGCGGCAUCUCCUCCUCACAUGACCCCACUGUUUGUCCCCGUGAUCAGCGCGAGCGGCUCCCGUGUCUCCUCCGUCCCCUCCUGCCGCGCGGCGUGAGCGCCGGGCUCGGGGCCCCCCCGGCCGCCCGCCCGCCCCCUCCCCUCCCUCCCUCCCCACCCCUCCCCUCCCCUCCCCCGGGCCCCGCGCCCCCCCCCGCCCCCACCCCCCCAUGGACAUGCUGGACCCGGGUCUGGAUCCCGCUGCCUCGGCUACCGCUGCUGCCGCCGCCAGCCACGACAAAGGACCCGAGGCCGAGGAGGGCGUCGAGCUGCAGGAGGGCGGGGACGGCCCCGGGGCGGAGGAGCAGACGGCGGUGGCUAUCGCCAGCGUCCAGCAGGCGGCGUUCAGCGACCACAACAUCCAGUACCAGUUCCGCACAGAGAAUAAUGGAGGACAGGUGACAUACCGCGUAGUCCAGGUGACUGAUGGUCAGCUGGAUGGCCAGGGCGACACGGCGGGCGCCGUCAGCGUCGUGUCGACGGCUGCCUUUGCUGGGGGGCAGCAGGCUGUGACCCAGGUGGGUGUGGAUGGGGCAGCCCAGCGCCCCGGCCCUGCUGCUGCCUCUGUGCCCCCAGGUCCUGCAGCACCCUUCCCACUGGCUGUAAUCCAAAAUCCCUUCAGCAAUGGCGGCAGCCCAGCAGCUGAGGCUGUCAGUGGGGAGGCACGAUUUGCCUAUUUCCCAGCGUCCAGUGUGGGAGAUACCACGGCUGUGUCGGUACAGACCACAGACCAGAGCUUGCAGGCCGGAGGCCAGUUCUAUGUCAUGAUGACGCCCCAGGACGUGCUUCAGACAGGAACGCAAAGGACGAUUGCCCCGCGGACCCACCCCUACUCCCCGAAAAUUGAUGGAACUAGAACACCCCGGGAUGAGAGAAGGAGAGCUCAGCACAAUGAAGUGGAGCGGAGGCGGAGGGACAAGAUCAACAACUGGAUUGUCCAACUUUCAAAAAUCAUUCCAGAUUGUAACACAGACAACAGCAAGACAGGAGCGAGUAAAGGAGGGAUCCUGUCAAAGGCCUGCGACUACAUCCGGGAGCUGCGCCAGACCAACCAGCGCAUGCAGGAGACCUUCAAGGAGGCCGAACGGCUGCAGAUGGAUAAUGAGCUCCUGAGGCAACAGAUUGAGGAGCUGAAGAAUGAGAAUGCCGUGCUUCGAGCCCAGCUGCAGCAGCACAACCUGGAGAUGGUGGGCGAGAGCAACCGGCAGUGACGCCCUUCCCGUCGUGCGGCAGGCCCCCCUCUGGGACUCUGCUGCCCCCUUCCCCAGCCCUUAGCACAGAGAGGGACAGAUGCCCCUCCCCCAGCUGCGUUUUUUUAUAGUAGAUUUUUAACAAAAAAAAAUGGGGAGAAGUAAUGCAUUUCUUUGGAUAAACACCCACUGCUCUCCUGGAUGUGGAAAUGAUCUCCCUCCCCCAUCUGUCUGCCCCUUCUCCUGGCCCCCACUAAGCCCCAGCACUUCUAGUGGUCUCGCCUGGAGGCAAAAGGGAGGAGGACAGAGGUCCUGCCAUAUCCCGCUGCCUCUUUUGGCCUCUAGAGGUACUGACAUGGUGCUUACGGGCAGGAGGGGAGCCUUUGGGGGGCCAUCCCUGGGACCUGGACCUAAGAAGGGAGGCCAUGUCUCACCCCACCUCUUGUUUCUGGAUUCCUGCUCCCCUUUGAGUGUGUGUGUGUGUGUGUGUGUGUGUGUGUGUGUGUGUGUGUUUUAAUUUUCUUUAUGGAAAAAUGGACAAAAAAUAGAGAGAGAGGUAUUUAACUGCAAUAAACUGGCCCCAUGUGGCCCCGCCUUGUC